AGCACCGGCACUUGUUCCAAGCGAACAAGGAAGUCUCAGCCUCAGGACUGGUAUGUCAGACUGAAGGAGAAAAUACAUCUCUGCCGGACUGUAGGUAUCUACGCUGGAGCUCUCCGCUACAGCUGCGCGACAAGAUGUUUAAAAAGCUGAAACAGAAGAUCAACGAGGAGCAGUCACCGCAGAGGAAUGCGCAGUCACCCCAACAGGCCCAGCUGGGUUCUGGAGAACGACACAGCAGCCAUACACCCCCAUUUCACAGUGAUGGCACGUCUUCUCAAAGUGACAGGGAGAUGCUGGCCGGGAUGAUAGCAGAGCCCGCUUUUCUCUCUGAGUAUACUAUCUUUGCUCUGGACCAUUCAAAACGACCCAAAUCAGCCCAGGUAGCCAGUGUGAGUGCAUCUAAAGGGCCGGGGAGGUCUCCCAGAAGUAGCAUCAAUGGGGAUGGCAGUUGUACUCCUCCAAGAGAGGAACCCCAGUCAUUUGCCCAGAAACUACAACUAAAAGUUCCCUCAGUGGAGUCCUUAAUCCGUGGUGGUACCAGCCGGGCAGAAAACCUGUUUCGUUCUCCCUCUAAAGAGAACCUGUUCCGAAGUUCAUCACGUGACUCACUGACACAUUUGGGAGAAAAUGAGCCUUUGGGUUCCUCCACAUAUGAUCCUCCAUCUGAUAUUGAGAGCGAGGCCGAAGACACACCAGGAAAUACAGAAUCUCUUUCCAAAGAUCAGUUGUUGCACCGCUUGCACAAGGUGGAGACUAGCUUGGGGAAAUACAGAGGAAAGUACUCAGAGCUGGUUACAGCAUACCGGACAGUACAAAGGGAUAAAGAAAAAACACAGGUUAUCCUUAGUCAGAGUCAAGAUAAAGCUCUUCGAAGAAUAGGGGAGCUGCGAGAGGAGUUACAAAUGGACCAGCAGGCUAAGAAACACCUACAGGAGGAGUUUGAUGCUACUCUGGAGGAGAAAGACCAAAUGAUCACUGUUCUCAAGACACAGGUUGCCCUUAUGAAGACACGACUUAAGGGUGUGUCUGAUGGUGUGCUACCAAAUGAAGGUGGGGUCGUUCAGUCAGAAGACACUGUGGACUCUACCUCAGCUCCACAAAGUCCCUCUAAAGAGCAACAACAGUCAGACAUCCCUGAGGAAGAGGGCAGCAGUGAUCCAUCAAAAGUUAUUGCAGCUCUUGAGGACAGAGUGAAGAGGCAGGGAAACAUACUGCAGAAGUGCAAAGAUGUGCUACAUACACACAAGGAACGGAAUGCCCAACUGUGUAAUGAGAAGGAAACUCUGCAGGAGCAGCUUCAGGAAAGACUGCAAGAGUUAGAGAAGAUAAAGGAACUGCACACCACAGAAAAGGCAAAGCUGAUCACUCAGCUACGUGAUGCCAAGGACCACAUUGAGCAGCUGGAGCAAGACAAGGGAAUGGUCAUUGCAGAAACAAAGCGGCAAAUGCAUGAGACACUAGAAAUCAAAGAGGAGGAGGUUGCACAACUGCGCUCCAUGCUCCAGCAAGCUACUGCACAGAAAGAAGAGUUACAAGAUCAGAAAGAAAAAGCAGAGAAAUCAGCAUUUGAAGAACUUGAGCGGGCAUUGGGUGUCGCCCAGAGGGCAGAGGAGGCCCGCAAACAGCUGCAGGCUCAGCUGGAGGACCGAGUGAAAGAAGUUGAAAGGGCUGGGGAGGAAGAGAGGAAGAGUUUGCAACAGGAACUGACACGAGUCAAACAGGAGGUUGUUAGCAUCAUGAAGAAAUCUUCUGAAGAGACUGUGGCUAAUAUGGAGAGACUUCACAGUGAUGCCUUGGCUGCUAAGGAAGAUGAGAUCAAUGAACGAAUCAACAAAGCUGUGGAGCAAUGCAAAGAGAAGUUUGCCCAGUUAGCCAAGGAGCGAGAACAGCAGGCUUCUCUGGCUCUGGAGGAUGCAGAGUUACAGAAGACGGCUCUGAAAACAGAGGCUGACAACAAGAUUAAAGAAAUACAGUUGGAGCUGGAAGCUGCCAAAACUAGAAUACUGGAGCUAGACAGCUCACUGGAGAAGAGUUCCCAUGAUGGCUCAACUUUGUCUGGUCAAUUGGAGGAAUUAAGGGACAAACACAAAGAGCAGAUAUCGGCAUUAUUAACAAGGCACCAGAAGCAACUGGAAGAGCAAAGACGCUCCCUAACCCAACAGCACGAUACUGUUGUUGAAGAGCUCAACGAAAAACAUAGAGUAGAUGUGGCGCUUCAGUUCCAAUCACACAUUGAAGAUGUAAACCAGAAAACAUUACAGAAAGUGGAUGAAAACCAAAAGGAACUGGAAGUUCUCUCUUCUGAACUGUCUGAGGUGAUGAAAACAAAGCAGUUAUUGGAGCAACAGUUAAUGGGACUUCAAGAUGCUCAUAAUUCAGCUCAGCAAGAACAAGAGAAGAAAUUUCAAGAUCAGGUGGCCAAACACAGUGCAGAGAUUGCAAGUAUUCGUCGGGAGCACGAGGAGUCUCUUGGAGGCAUGGAGAAAACCCUGAAGGAGGAACUGAACACUUUGAAAAUUGUUCUAAGAGAAAAAGAAAGAGAACUUGAAGAACACAUCCUUAUAGAAAAAACACUGACGGACGACUCGCGCUCAACUAUACAAGAAUUGAAUACUAAGAUAAAAGAUUUAGAAGAACUGCGUCAGUGUUUAUCACAAUCCAAAAUGGAAAAUGAAAGUCUGAGAAAGUCUGUUGCGGAGUUAAGCAAGGUCAGCGAGGAGCUCGUCCAGUGUAAGAAUGAACUGGCAGAUUUGAAGCAUCAGCUGGAAAUGACCCAAAAUGAUUGUAAACAAAAAGAGGAGUCUCUACAAGAACGUGAAUACCAGCUACAGCAGACCAAGAACCAACUCUCAGAACAAGAGAGGUCACAUAAUGCAGAACUGAAUAUGAAGCAGGAAGAGCAGACACGUCUUCAGAAGCAGCUAGAUGAUGAAAAAGCUGGUAAUGAGAAGAAGAAAAACACUAUGACACAGUUGGAAGCAAAGUUAAAAGCACAGGAAACAAAGAUGGAAAAAUUCAAACAUAAGACCAAAGAAAUACAAGAAAAUUUUAAGAAAAAGCUGCAGCAAAAUGAGGACUCCAUGAAGAAAGAGCUUGCAAAGAAGGAGACAGAACUUCAGCAAAAAGAUGAACAAUUUCAAGAGAAAAUUCUAGAAAUGGCCAAAGAAAGUUCCCAAGGCCUCAGCAGUGCAAUGUCCCAGCUGCAGGACAACCACAAAGAUGAACUGGAAAAACUACGUGCCACUCAUAAGCACAAGGUCGAGGAGCUGGAGCGUCAUUGGCAGGAGAAGAUAGGGCAGCAGGAGGAAGAUCUAAUGGAGAAACACUCGCACCUACUACAGGAAAAGCUACAAGAACUGGAGGAAGCUUCUCAGCAACUUACUAACAACAGGAAGGAGAAUGAUCAAGUACUGUCUGAAAUAAAAGUACUGAAGGAGGAGCUGUCAAUUCGAGAAACCACUGUGCAGAAACUGCAAGAAGAGCUUAAUGGUGCAGCGGUGAAGCUAGAAAGCUUGUCUCAGGGUGAAGCAAUGCUCAAAGAGCAAAUGGAGUCUGUGGAGAAGAACCUCAGCCAGGCUCUGAAUGAAAGAAACUCUUUGCAAGAUGAGCUGAAUAAAGCAGAGGAAGAGAACAAAGAGAAGUUAAAGACUUUGUCAGAUAAGUUAGAAAAAACAGAGAUGCAGCUCAAAGGCCUAGAAGGUUCUAGAUGCAAGGAAAAACAAGACUUGCAGAAGAAGUUUGAGGACACUGCCCUUCAGCAUCAAGCAAAGGAAACAGAGCUUCAGAAGCAUUUCAAUAUGAUUAGCAACCAAAUGGAACUGCUGUGUAAAGAGGUUCAGGCCAAGGUGGAGUGCGGUUCUAACGAACUCUGUCAAAAGGUUGAAUGUCGUGUGGGAGAGCUGAAAGAUCGGCUAGUAUCUAGUCAAAAGAAUGUAGGGAAUCUUCGAAAUGUUAUCCUUCGUAAAAUAGAUAGAAUUUGCACUUUAGAAGAGAAUCUCCACCAUCAGAUGGAGGAGAAUAAAAAUCUAUGCAAUUCAUUGGACCAGAUAAAUACUCAGGUAAACAUUCAUAUGGAGCAUAUCAAAGCCUUAACAAUUGAUAAGGAAACUUUAACAAGGGAUGUUGAAAAUCUUUCUCAGUCUGUCACUGAAAAAGUUCAGAAAAUUGAGGAGCUUAGUGAAGAAAUGAGAAACUUAUCAAGCAUGAAAGCAAAUGAGUCGCACAUCAAUAACUUGGAAAAUAUCAUCAGUGACUUGAAAAAUCAGAUAGCAGGUAGCGUAAAAGAGAAGGACGAAGCCAUAAAUCGGUUGAACGAGCUGUGCAAAGAAGAGAAGAGACAAGCUGUUGUUCAAAUGGAGGAGGCCAUUGAGAGAUUAGAGCAGGAGAGAAAGGCCGCUGUCGAGCAGGCAAAUGAACUCAGGAACACGCUGUCUGAGUUUGAGAGUAAGGCAGAGUCCAAGUUCACCCAAAAGGACAACACUAUUGCGAAUUUGCAAACCAGGAUUGUAGACAUGGAGAGAGAAAUCUCUGAAAAGAACGAAGCCCUACAGAGGCUGACAGCAAGUGUGGACAAUCAUUCCAUCAGCAAGUCUGAGAUGGACCAGGUGUUGAGCGAGAAAGAUCAGAAGGUCUGCGAACUUGCCUCGAAACUUGAGAGCUGCAACAGUCGACUGGUGGAGCUCCAGGACCAGCUAGCCUUAAAGACUUCAGAGUGUCAGCAACUAACAGCUGAUCUCAAACAGCAGUAUGGCAUCUGGGAGAAGGAAAAGAGGGAGUUCAUAGAACAGCUGCAACAAACACAGAUGCAGUGCACGCAGAAUGGUAAUUUGGAACAGGAGAUGAGGGAAAAACUAGACUCCCUUGAAAAAGACAACCAGAAGUGGAAGCACGAGCUUGAGAGUCAAAGGGAAGAAUUUGAAAGGAUAAAAGAUGACAUCAGGAGCAAAGAGGAGAGUCUGAAAGAAACAGAAGAGAAGUUAAGUACAGAGUACACACGGAAAGUAUCAGAACUGAAAAAGAAAGCAGAGCAGAAGAUUGGUCAGAUUAAAAAGCAACUUACAUCUCAGAUGGAGGAAAAAGAGCAGACAAUCAAGGCUCUUGAGACCAGCUUGGAGGAAUUGAGGAGAACUGAAUCUACCACCAAAUGCCAUAUAGAUGAGCUAGAAGAGAAAAGCAAAACCCUUGAGAAGGCUAUGGUUAGCCUUAAAGGAGAGCAUGAGAAACAGCUUGAACAGCUUCAGACUCAUGAAAGGCUCCAGAGGGAGCCGUCGUUAGAAGAGUUGAAAUGCGUGUAUGAAGAGAAGCUGUCAUCAUCUGAAAGAGCGGCCGAGCAGCAGAACAGAACAUCUGAGCUUGAAUCGGUGCUCCAGGAAACUGAGGCAAAGCUAAAAGAAACAGAAGAGCAAAAUAAAAACCUUCUUACAGAAAUCAGUCACUUGAAAGAAGAAAUGCGUGAGAAGAAUGCACAGCUUGAUCAACAGCCGCCUAAUAAACAGGUCCAGAAUCCGUUAGAAGCUGACAGUGGGGUGAAAGAGGAAUGUAGCAGUGUAGAAGUGACCAAAAGUACUUUGGAAUUUGAGAGGGAAAACCAUUCACAAAGCAAAGAUGUGGAUACUGUGGACUCUCUCAAGAACAAGCUAAUGCAGAUGAAGCAUGAAAAAGAAAAAUUCCAGAAAGAUUUCACCAGGUUACAGAAAGAUAUCCGAUCAUUGAGGAAGGAGCACGAACAGGAUCUAGAAUACAUGAAGAAGGAGCUGAUUGAGGAGAAUGCCAAAAACCUAAAACUGGAAUUGGAAGAUAUGGAAGGGAAGCACAAUUCUGCUUUAAAGCAAUUGAUGAGAGAGUUCAACACACAAAUGGCUUUGAAAGAGAAGGAGCUUGAUACAGCAGUGAAGGAGACUAUUGCAAAGGCCCAGUGUAUAGAAGCAGAGCUCAUGAGCAGCCAUCGUGAGGAAGUCAAACAGCUUCGGAAUGUGGUUUCUCAGAAGGAGGAUGAUUUGCACAGAACUGUUCAGAAAUAUGAGCAGAUUUUGCAGAGUCGAGAAGACGAGAUGGGAAACGCAGUGCGGCAAGUUCAGAAAGAAAUUGAAGACCUACGAGAAAAGAGCUAUGGAACGUCGGAGCUGUGUGCAGAUGAGUUAAAGGCUCAGCUCGCAGAGAAGACAACUUUGCUCAGUGCGGCUCGGCUGAAGGAGCAGGAGUUUGUUGAGCGAAUUCACUCGCUUGAGGACAAGCUUAAAUGUUUCCACCGAACCACUGUUGUAACUCAUCUUGGGAACACAUUCAAAGAUCCUGGUUACAGCAGCUUUGACACGCUCUCAGAGCCCACAGAGAUGGAAUACCUGAGGAAGGUGUUGUUUGAAUACAUGAUGGGACGUGAAACAAAAACGAUGGCAAAGGUGAUUACCUCCAUGCUUAAGUUUCCUCCAGAACAAGCACAAAAGGUUUUGGAUAAAGAAGACUCAAAAACAAUUCCUUGGUUGCGAUGAGCGACUAAAUAGUUCAGCUACUUCUGAAUGAAAAUACAUUGCUGCUGAUGAGGAAACUGCUUGGUCAUCUCGAGCACCUCUCUGUAUUUGUGUGUGUGUGUGUGUGUGUGUGUGAAUGAAUACAACUUUGGGAAUUAGGAGAAAAAACACUAUGACAUAAACACAAAUCUUCCAUGGAUCCUGUUUUCCUUUGAAAUUGUUUGGCAAUUUAUACAUUAAGUUUUAGGUGAAUAUAAAUGGUUUUGUUUGUAUUUAGAUUUAAAUCUCUAAAUUGGCUUGUGCAAUAAAUACUAUUAUCCCAUUGCUGCUGAAGCUCAGUUGAUUAUUCUGUUUGUAUGUUGUACUGUUAAGACUGUAAAUGACCUGGUAACUGUGCAUUUGCACCAUAUUUCAGAUACUGGCAUCUAGGAUCUUGUUGAUCACGGCUUUUCUAUGCUUUAUAUCUUGUGGGCACAGGUACUCUGAAACUACACACUUGUUAAUUGUGCUAUCUGAAUUAAAACUCCACUGUAUUAUAGGGCCCUAUAUGACAUGCUAUAAUGUAUGUUUUCAGACUAACAAAUUAAAUCUUAUUUACAGAACUGA